AUGCCGGCUUUCAAGCGCCGGCAUUCCCCAUCCUCGUCCCCUUCACGUCGCGUGAGCGGUGUCACCGAUGAGGCUCCCGCGUCCUCCUACGCGCUCUCGGCGUUGUACCCUCCAGACAAGCUUGGCUUCCCGUCAUCUUCGCCUGCCCUCCUGCCUUCUGUCAUGUCACUGUCCUCACCCCAACGCUUCGCUUACCGCGACCCCACCGCGUCUGACACGGAGUCUGACAGCGGCGCGUCGGACGACGAGAUCGAGGAAAGCCUCGCGUCCUUCCCUCCAGAAGAGGCUGCACCAUUCAAGGGCAAGGGCAAGGCAGUCGAUCGUGGCCGAACGUCCGGAAUCCACAGUGGACGCGCGCAUCGUUACCAGACAGCAACCAAGCUGCAGGCCGCACUUGGCCUCGGACACCGGCCUCGUAGCAGGAUGUUAUCGGCUCGUGGCCGUAUCGUGAGCCCCACAGAGUCAAUCUACAUUAUGACGCAAGGAAUGAGUACUCUCAAAACCUCGCCAGUGCAGCCCGACGAGGAGCACGUAGUCUCGUCUGCACUCAACUCCGACCGGCGCGACUCGUCACCUUCCCCGGUACCUUCGAGCCCCGAGCCCAGCGACAUCGACACGCCUGUUCCCCGCACCCGGAAGCUGGCCAUGUCGCGCCUCGCUCUUGCCAAGUCGAAGAAGCGCCGCGCCGACGCAGUGCGUUCCGCAAUGGAUUCUGCGUCGAGGCGCGCCAGCAACGACGCAUGGGAUGCUCAUGAGGGCAACACUAUCGACAGAGCGACUCUCGAGAAGCUCGCCGCCCAACAGGGCCUCAAGAUUGUGCCGAUGAGUCCGACACCUCGCGAGAAGGCCCUUGGCGCGUCUGGUGCCAGCACCAGCGUCUAUGCGAACGCAAGUGUAGCUGGCCACGGCAACAAGCGCGUUCGCUCGCCGUCACCUCCACCGUCAACCCCGGCUGCCAUCGAGAACCUUCUCACGCCGGCCCGCAAGCUCGUGCGCGCGAUGAGUUCACCGACGUCGCCUACACCUGGACCUUCCAAGGCCCGUGCAUUGGGCGGCCCACAGACUCUCAAGGCAUCCAAGUCUUUACGUACUCUUGACCGCGGGGCCUCCACGCCGAUGCCUGCCAAUGUACCCUCGACAUCCCCUCGUGCCAUUGACUUGGUUGAGGAUGUAGUGCUGGCUACUGCGUCUGAGGAUGACGACUCCGAGCACGAGGAGGAGCCAACGCCUACAAAGCCCAAACGUAACAAAUUGCCGGUUAAGCGGCCCAUCAAGCUCGCCACGAAGUUGGUGUCUAGGUCCAAGGCGCGCAAACGGUAUGAACGCGAGCACCCCAAGGCAGACCACUUGCCCGUGCGCCGCCGUCCGAAGGUGCACCACGUAGGUGCGAACGCAAGCGAGUCAGAACCUGAGCGCGCUCCUACUCGCCAGCGCCGUCGGCGACUCCACUUAGCGCGUCGUCCGGUUGCUCUCCGCUGUCCUCGUCGGACCGUAUUCUUCUUUCUCAGCGAUGCGGACCCGGAGGACGGUCUCUUAAAGGAACCCAAGCCCCUCAUCAAGUGUCGCAAGAUCACGGAGCGCGUCCGCCGGGGUCUGUUGCAGCGCCACAACCAGCGCACCAAAGUCACCUUAACCACUCCAGCUCCUGUGAUCGCGAUGACGACGACGCACAAGCGCCAAGCAUCGGAGUCUCCAGACCAAGACGAUCUUGCGGUUGACGAGCUGCUGAGCGACGCGGAGAUGCUAGACUCUGAGGCGGUGGAGACGGUCGUUUCGCUGGCCAGUCCUUCGCAGCUCGCCGGCCGCAAGCGCCGCAACUUACCCGUGGACGACAGCACUGGGCGCAACUCACAGCGUACGAUCCUGCGUGCCAUCGAGCUCAGCUGGUACGAGCCCGAGUACCGCAAGCACGAGGCCUGGCGCCGAGAGCGACGCGAUCCUGCUCGCGCGGGCGAGCGCGCAAAGGCCCGCUACAUGAGUCACAUCGCCGCCAAGGAGGCCGAACAGCAAGCUGCUGAGGCCGCACGUCGCGAAGAAGAGGCGGAGGGCUGGAUCGACGACGUUCUGGUCGCCGACGCUGAAAUGCACGUGGCGGAGCCAGUCGUGGCCCUCGGACCCACCGCACCUUCGCACGCCGCCGUAUCUGGCCCCACAGCGGACCCCACCCUUGCCGCGCACGUGAGUCCCGUAACGGAGGGCACCCUGGCUGCGGACUCAAGCCGCGUCGCUCCGGCCUGCCCAGCCGAGCAUGUAGAGCAGAACGAGACGAACCUCCAGACAAGCUCCGAGGUCGUCGAAGGUUUACUCACGUUCGAGCACCCCGGCCCCGUCCAGGUCAUCGAGGAGGAGUCGCAACCUCCGAUGUCCCGCGACUCCCAGACGUUAGGUCCACGUCCUCGUCGCCGCCGUGUCCAUGAAUACGUUGGCCCUUCCGCAGGCGCGCGGGCCGCCGCUGGCCCUGCUCGCCGUGAUCGUAUCCUCUCGCGCGAGCGCCGUCGGGCGACCACCGCGCCACCAGAAGAGCCGAUGACCGAGGCGGUUGCCGGUCCGUCAACGCGAACACGUCCGGCCGCGUCGGCAGGUCCGUCGAAUCCUACUGCGGUCGAGGGCCUUCGUUCGCCUCCUCCGCGGUACGAGUUCCCGUUCUACGACAUUGUACGCACGCCCGUGCGUACUGUUCGUCCACCUCCGCCUCGCCCAACUGGGAGGCAGCGUGAAAGAGCCGUCUCGAACCCACCUGACUACACGGGCCCUUACGAGGCGCGCUCGCCCGCACCCCCGCCUCCCUAUAACUCCGUCACGGACCGCGACACUAUCAUUGCGCCAGUGUUUGACGAGCCCGCGCCGCGGCCGGCUGCCCCUUCCCACGGGCCAAGCCUGAACGUCAGGCGCCAGCGUGACAGUGACUCCGCUCGCCGCGCCCCUGGCACUUGGCCUGCGGGCAGUACCUCGCCAACCCCGGAGGACGUCGACAUGGACGCGCCUCAGCCUCAGCAUCAGCAGGGCGUGAUCGCGUCUGUGUUUAGCCGCGUAUUCGGCUUUUGGCGCUCAUAA